GUGGCAAACGAUUCAAUACGUAACAACGAUAGCUACAUCAACUGUUAUGUUUUAUUUUAUUCAAAAAAUAAUAUACAAUUAAAAAUCCCAUAGUUUUUGCGUGUUUAAGGUGAGCGGUGUUUUGUCCCACUUUGUUUGACAGUCAUUGAAUGCACCUUCUACCUUCGUCCUACGCUGCAUAGUACUGGUACAGUACUCCAACUACUAUACUGUAUUUUUGCCCUUUCACUUCAUACAGUAUUUGCUCCCAAAUGCUGAUACUAUGUGGGAAUGCAUAAAGGUACGAUCUGUGACCUUAUUCAGUGCUAAUGUUCAUAUUUGUGGAACACAACCUCUUUGGGAAAAAAAGUCCUGGCUGUAUUUGGAUUCAUUUCGUGCUUUUAAUUUGAUGUUGUUCCUGUCAUAGUUGUACUCAGUACACAAUAAGUACGAUCAAUUAGAUUGCUGUAAUGUGCGUAUGUUUUACUGAUGUGUGCACUGCUGAUUCUAGCUAAUGCUAGUGCUGCUAGCGCUGAAUUGACAGAAGCCCCAACAUAGCGGCUAUGCCUGCCGUUAACUUGCAGCUCCUACCCAAAAUUUAGCUUCCAGUUCCAAGCAAAAUAUUAGCCCAGUGACAACUCGCUUCGUUAGUUGAUUGAAAAAAUACCGGCAGUGCUUCAGUACCUCUUUUGAAAUAUGAAUACAUAUAAUAACAUGUCCAAGGUGCAUUUUAGGGGAAUUAAUGACGGUAAUAUGUCAAGUAAAGGAAGCAGAACAUAAUAACAACACGCAUACAAAUAAUGCCUACUGUACAUUCAAAUGGCAAAUCAAAAAGACCACGAAAUAGGAUAUCUCACUUCAAGCUGUGCAAUGAACAUAUACCAAGGAGGAUGGUUUAUAAAGACUUUUGAUGGAUGAACAAAGCAGCCCGUGCAUGUAAUGAACAGUCUUGUAUGGCAAACAUUUGUGGCGUCCAUCAAUACGUCCACUCUUGCUAAUGGCCUCCUCCAUCCUCCAUCCUCUCUAUCCCAUUAAUUCCCUCGGCAACAGCACUUUCUAGAAGUCGUAAAGCGAGUUAUGCAAAGUCAAAAGCGCUCGUCUUCUCGUCUUUCCAUUAAGGCCGGGCACGUCGGUUCCGCCGGCCGCAAAGCAGACGAUAAGCAGUGUCCGUUAGCCGGGCUAAUAAAUGGAGCAUAGAUGUACACAUUAAGCGCAGUCGUUAACGCGUCUAUCAUGUUUGUUUUCAAGGUUGUUUAAGGUACAGCGUAGCUAUCAAUUAUGCAUAGGAGGAGGCUGAAUAGCCUUCUUUAUUCACGAUUUUAUUCAUGAUAUGCUGCUUGUUGUUGCUGGGGGGGGAAAAGGAGACACAAACCUGCCGUGUUUACAUCACAUGAUGGAAGUACUGUACAGAAACCGAACAUACAGUAAAGCAGGAGCAACAAGGAACUCUCCCAAUGCUAACAUGUGUGAGUCUAUAUUAUGUCUUAUUAUGUCUACUAUAUUGGGUGAAAGGAGUGUAAAGGUGACUAUAGGGGUGUUAUUUUACAUCUAGAGGGCUCUGGUAAUGGUAAAAAACUUAAAAAAGAACAACACUAAGGAACUCUCCCAAUGCUAACGUGUGUUGUAUAUUGUCUUACUGAUUAUGUCUUAUGCCCUGCAAUUGGCUGGCGACCAGUCCAGGGUGUACCCCGCCUGUUGCCCGAAGUCAGCUGGGAUAGGCUCCAGCAUACCCCCGCAACCCUAAAGAGGAGAAGCGGUAUAGAAAAUGGAUGGAUGGAUGGAUGGAUGGAUGGAUGGAUGGAUAUCAUGUCUUAUUUUCUCUUAUGUCUACUAUAUUGGGAAAUAUUAGUGUAAAGGUGACCAAUGGGGUAUUUCACGUCCAGACGGCUCUAAUAAUGUUAAAACUCGUAUUUAGAAGUUUGUAAACAGGUUUUAUGUCUUAUUUUCUCUUAGUAUGUCUAAGAUAUUGGAUAAUAGGUGUGUAAAGCUGACUAUAGUGCUGUUAUUUAAUGUCUAGAGGUCUCUAAUAAUGUUAAAAAAUGUAUUUAGAAGGUCGUAAGCUGUUUUUCUAUGUCUUGUAUGUCUUAUUUUCUCAUAUUAUGUCUACUGUAUUGUGUAAUACUGUAUUGUGUAAGAGUGCAAAAGUGACCAUUGGAGUGUUAGUUCAUGUCUAGAGGGCUCUAAUAAUGUUAAAAAAUUGUAUUUAGAAGGUGGUCAACAGGUUUUCUGUGUCUUAUUUUCUCUUAUUAUGGCUACUAUAAUGACGUGAGAGUGAAUGGUUGUUUGUCUCUGUGUGCCCUGCGAUUGGCUGGCGACCAGUCCAGGGUGUACCCCGCCUCUCACACGAAGGCUCCAGCAUACCCACAACCCUAAAGAGGAUAAGUGGCACAGAAGAUGGAUGGAUGGAUGUCUACUAUAUUAGGUCGCACUGGGAAGCGCUCCACCAUGCCCGACUCACCUGCGGAUGUCAAGACACAGUCCAGGUUGACCCCUCCCACGAUGCCGCCCCCACCCAGCACCCAAGGAGGCCCCCGCAACAGCUCCUACACCCCCACCACCUUGACCAACGGGAGCAGCCACUCGCCCACCGCCCUCAACGGAGCGCCGUCGCCGCCCAACGGCUACAGCAACGGGCCCGGCUCCUCGUCAUCGUCCUCGCUGGCCAACCAGCAGCUGCCGCCGGCGUGCGGCGCCCGCCAGCUCAGUAAGCUCAAACGCUUUCUCACCACUCUGCAGCAGUUCGGCAACGACAUCUCGCCAGAAAUCGGCGAGCGGGUCCGCACGCUGGUGUUGGGAUUGGUGAAUUCCACGCUAACCAUCGAGGAGUUCCACUCCAAGCUCCAAGAAGCCACCAACUUCCCCCUGCGACCUUUCGUCAUCCCCUUCCUGAAGGCCAACCUGCCCCUCCUGCAGAGGGAGCUCCUCCACUGCGCCCGGCUGGCAAAGCAGAACCCAGCCCAGUACCUGGCCCAGCACGAGCAGCUGCUGCUGGACACCAGCACCACGUCGCCGGUGGACUCCUCCGAGCUGCUGCUGGACGUCAACGAGAACGGCAAGCGGCGGACGCCCGACAGAACCAAAGAGAACGGCUUCGACCGUGACGCCGCCCUGCAUCCGGACAUCCACCCUGGCAAGCGACCCUGCACCGUCAGCCCCGCCCAGCGCUUCAGCCCGUCCAACGGCAUCUCCUACCAGCCCAACGGCCUGCCCCACCCGGGCCCGCUGCCCCCGCAGCACUACCGGCUGGACGACAUGGCCAUCGCCCACCACUACCGCGACACCUACCGCCACCCGCCCUCCAAUCACAGGGAGAUCCGCGAGAGAGCCCGCCCCAUCGGUAUCCACGCGGGGGGCCGGCAGGAGGAGGUGAUAGACCACCGGCUGACGGACAGAGAGUGGGCCGAGGAGUGGAAGCACCUUGACCAUGUAAGAAAACUGCUCAACUGCAUCAUGGACAUGGUGGAGAAGACGCGGCGCUCGCUGACGGUGCUGCGGCGAUGCCAGGAGGCCGACCGUGAGGAGCUCAACUACUGGAUCCGCCGCUACAGCGAUGCCGAGGAGCUGAAGAAGGGCGCCGCCGGUGGGGUUGGGGUUGGCGGCGGCGGGCAAUCGAGGCAGCAAAGCCCGGCAGCGCAGGACAACGCCACGUCAGAAAUUCACAGGGAGCUUCUGCAUCGGCCUGUUUCUGGUUACGUCCCUGAAGAAAUCUGGAAGAAAGCUGGUGCGGGAGGACUGACUUCCUGUGUCUCCGCCCUCUUUCCAGAGGAGGCGGUGAACGAGGUGAAGCGGCAGGCCAUGUCGGAGCUGCAGAAGGCCGUGUCGGAGGCCGAGCGCAAAGCCCACGAGAUGAUCAGCAGCGAGCGGGCCAAGAUGGAGCGCACGGUCGCCGAGGCCAAGCGGCAGGCGGCCGAGGACGCGCUGUCCAUCAUCAACCAGCAGGAGGAUUCCAGCGAGAGCUGCUGGAAUUGCGGUCGUAAAGCGAGCGAGACGUGCAGCGGCUGCAACACGGCGCGUUACUGCGGCUCGUUCUGCCAGCACAAGGACUGGGAGAAGCACCACCACGUGUGCGGGCAGACCCUCCAGACCCUCCAGACCCCCCAGCAGCAGCAGGGCGGCCAACCGCAGGGCGGCGCCCCGGGACCGGACACCCCGGCUCCCAUCAGCUCCUCCGCCUGCACCCCCAGCAGCUGCACCGGGAGUCCGGCAGCGACCCCGCCCGCCGCGACCACACGCUCGUCCACCCCCGGCACCCCGUCGUCGUCCUCGGCGCCGGACGGCACGCCACGCUAGGAAGGGGGAGGAGCCUCACACGCACACACAGCAUGACUGUCUGCAUCGCCUCGCAAGUAUGCUAAGCUAACGCGGCUAAGGAAGAAAAAAGGCAGUGUUUGAGUUUCUCUUGCAGCUGAAUCGGGUCCUAAUCGAGUCAUAUUGACUUUAGACGAAGAGGCUCUUGGGUCUUUCCCAGCCAAGCUCUGUAAAUAUUCACUUCUUCUUCUUCUCGUCCUUUUGUGCUCGUCCUCGUCCUUGUUGAUGCUGUCGUCAUUGUAGCGUAUUUUCUUGUAAAUAUCAAGACUGAGCGGGCCGCCCACCAAUCCCUCUGCCCCCCCCGGACCGGACACCCACCAGCCCUCAUUCCCCCACCUUCUUGUCCUUUCAUGAUCCUCCUUUCUGAUGCUCCCAUCCAGACUGUGUUUGAUUUGGUUUUUUACGGAAUAAGCCACGGGACGCCCCCGGGCGCCCCAUUGGACCCCCCCCCCCGGACACCUGCUGUUAUCUCUCACAUGGACGAGUGUCCCCCUGUCCGUGUCUUUAUUUUCAAUUCCUGAAAGGAUGUUUGCUGCCUCCAUGGACAUAUUUGGACGUACGUGAGGCGGGGAGCAGAAGGGCGGAGCCUUCCUGGCUAUUUUUGGAGGGAAAUAUGGAAGAACGGACGUGACGUUUGCCAGGAAUCAACCCAGCCUGAGCAGAUGUUGGCCUGCUCUUCCGUCACGUUAUUCCCAAAGAGGUCAGCCGGCUCAGGAAAUACAAACCUCCCCGAAGGAAUUCUUGGGACAAAUUGCUGCCUGGAACAGGAAGUGAGGUCAUGGAGAGACUGUCAUGUGACCAGAGCGGCAGCAGUUGGACGCUCUCACCCCCCCGUCCUCUUUGCUUUCUCUCCCACGGUGUCCCCGGUGCUUAUUUAUUGUCGUCAUAAACGUGUUGGACGAUUACGCUGCAACAAGACACCCCCCCACCCGUAGUUGUUCACUUUGCGGUCCGAUCUCAGAGCUGCUACUCGAGCCAGAACUUUUCCUGAGGUGGAAAGCGCUGAAAUGCUGUUUGUUUUCUUUCUUUCUUUUCCAAAAUGGGGAAAGUAUUUGCACUGUCACAGACUACGUUGCCGCACGCCGCACAUUCUGCAGCCGCGGUAGUGUUUCACGUGGCGGAGGGGGCGGGGCAAUGGAAAGGUCACACCUUUCAAAGUGUUUUUUCUUUUUUUGGUAACCUGCUAGCCAAACGAUAGUUAACUCCCGUCGACCGUGCAUGCACGUGUUUUAUACAAAAAGACAAGAAAAGAGGAAAAAAAACAACGUGUAUGGCGAGAAAGUAACUUUCCAAAUCCUAUUGACAGCUUUAAAGCACCACCUAACACACACACACACACACACACACACACACACACACACACACACACACACACAACCUUCCAAACAGCCAAAGAAUUUUGUCACCAAGGACCAAAUCCUCAUUUCCUCUUUGAAUUGAUUUGGUUUACGUGAAGCGCUGCGGGACACGCCGGGCAAUAAUUAGCAACAAUAUCACAAGUUUGUGUCACGGAGACGUGACUUUACUCAUCCAGCUACGUUUUUGUCCCUGAAGGAGGUCGGUGUCUAUCAAAGAGCAACACUGACACGCAAAAAGUCAUAACGUAGCCAGAAGGGCGGAAUAUUACGAGAAAAAAAGCUCUCAAUGUUACGAGGAUAAAGUUGUUAGUUUAGGGGUAAAAAAGCAUUUUUGUUGUGAUGACAUAAAGACCAUUUUUAGCAUUAAAAUGCAGGUUUAUUCUUAUCGUGCUGACGGUUUUUUUCCUGGAAAAUGACACGCUUUUGGCAAAAUAGGGCCACUAUUUUGGGGUUAAGACAGAACAAUUUCUCACCUUUUAUCCUCAUCGUAUUCUCACCUUUUUUUCCUAACAUUUAAAAAAAAAAAAAAAAUCUGGAAAAUGACACACACUUGACCACUUUUUUGCAGCAAUCACAGAAAAAUUAAAUCAGUUAAUUAAGUGUAUAUAUUAAAUCAUUCAAUAUUAUUCUCAUCAUAUUCUUUUUUUUUCCUGGAAAAGUGUGACUACUCCUUUGUCAUCAUCAUUUCUUCUUAUUCUCCUCAUAUUUGGGCUUUUUUUGUUGUUGUAUUGAACUUUCUUUUUCCUGGAAAAUAAUUACGUUUUUGAAAAAUUGGACGACUUUUUUGUCUUCACAACAUAAGAAUUUUUCUUGUAAAAACGCAACUUUUUUGUCAUCAUAGUCUCACUUUUUUCAUAACAUAAAACAAUAUUUUGCCUGGAAAAUGACGCAAAACACGACAGAGCGUUUUUCUUGCACAAAUGCAACUUUGUUUUCUUCAUAUUGUCACUUUUUUCCACAACAAUGCAAAUUGGAAAAGGACACGUUGUUGCAACACAUGACCACUUUUUUUGUGGUAAUCACAUAACAAUUUUUCUUAUCAAAGUACGACUUUAUUCUCAUCAUAUUCUCACUUUUUUUUUUAAGUAUACAUUUUUUUUGUGUGUACAUUUUUUUUUUCUAAAUGUGACUACUUUUUGACAUAACGAUUUUUCGUGUAAAAAUAAAACUUUAUUCUCAUCAGAGUUUGGCUUUUUUUUCAGCAUUACACAUUUUUUUUCAUGGAAAAUAAUGUUUUUGAAAAAUUUGGCAGUUUUUUUUGUCAUCAUGACAAUUUUUUUUGUAAAAAAUUUGACAUCCAUGACUUCAUCAUAUUCUCACUUUUUUUCUUUUUUUUUCCUGGAAAAAAAAUGACCAUUUUUGUCAUCAUGACAUAAGAACUUUAUUCUCAUCACAUUUGGACUUUUUUGUAGUGUUAGUAUUUUUAGUAUUCAUUUUUUAAUAAUGUUAAAAUAAUGUUUUUGACAAAUUUGGCUAUCAGGUUUUCUUUAAAAAAAUAUGACUUUAUUCUCAUUAUAUUUGGAUAUUUUUAAUAUUAAUUUAUUCAUU